UUACAUUAAUAAGAAUACGAAUAUAAACUAUUUACAUAUUAAAUAAUCUGCAGUCGAUCAACUCGCGAGACCAAUUUCUUCCGACGACUCUAAUGCUUAUUGCAUAAUUAUUACGCUAAAACAUGUUAAAAGCUGAAUUUUUAAACGGUUAUUAACAUUUAGAAAUUACGCUCUCCUUACAUUGACUUUGAGGUUUGCGUGCGAAAUGAAUACUCUUUAUUAAUGUUUCUGAACGCAACGUGUGCGCACGCUAUUAAUAUAUAAAUUAUUAUUUAAGUAAACAAAAAAUAAACAGAUUUUAAAUGCAAAUAUUAUGGAGGUGAAAGUGUUAAUAGUAACGUUAUUAUUUUUUAGUUUUUUAAUCUUAGCCGAAAGCGUAAGUUCGCGCCAAAAUGGUGGCGGUGUUAAUUCAAAAAAGGAACAACCUAAAGAUUCGAGAAGUACUAAAUCGCGUGGAGAAGUAAUGGAGAAUUUGUUCAUAGUCUUUGACCCGUCGUUUUUGUCUUAUGUUUGGCCGAAAAUUAAGAACGGUGUGCAUUUGAACCUUGGACACUUAUGUUGGGAGGAUGUGGGUGUGCUUUUGAAGGAUUUGUCUGAAGGACGCGCUUGGGCAUACCGAGCUGCGGAUGCUUCUGGCCGCUAUCAGUCCGGUCUGUUCGAAGGCAAGAGGUUCUGGCUCGGCUCCAAGGAACAGUGCCUUAAGUUAGAUGAUAGUUAUGUGCCUAAAGGAAACAAUGAUACAUGGGGCGAGUUUUACAGUGGUGAUUACGUGAACACGCUAAUCAGCAGGGAAAAAGAGUUCGGUGGAAAUAUAGACGAAUGGCACUCGCUAAUAGAACGGGACGAACUGAUGAGACGUGUGGUGGAGGAUGACAACGAGCCUCCCAUACCGUUGGCGUACACGGCGUUGCAGAUCAUGUUAAAUAUUACCAAGUUUACCAUGCCAAAGUCAUAUGAAAUCACACUUGGCUUAUGUCUACCACGAACUUGCGCUGCUGAAGACGUAGUAUCAAUUAUCAAUUUUUCCAUUAUGCUCAACGAUCAUUUGAAAACCAACAAAACAGUAUCUAGAUCAGUUAAAAUAACCUCUCUCAGAUACAUAGACAAUUUUUACGAUAUAAAAACUGAUAUAGGGGCAGUAAUACUUGUACUAGUUACUGUCAGUCUUAUAGUGUUAGCCAUUGUAGCUACAGUUGUUGAUUUGGAUUUGAUAAAAUUUAAAUCCUACGGUAAAACAUCAAGUUUUGAUUUGCAACAAUAUAAUCAUGAAGAUAAAAGGUAUGUGGAGGAAAAGAAAAUUAAUGUUGGUAGGAAGGAGCCAGCAUCCAGCUACGAUUUGCAACAAUAUCGCCGUGAUGAUAAAAGGUAUGCUGAUGAGAAAAAAGCUUACAUUACCAGAAAAGAGCUUAAGGUUGUUGAAGCAGAGGCGCCUAUGAAAAGUUUCAGCGAACUAAAGAAAGCUAUGAGAGAAAAAGCCCUGCCUCCGACAAUUACGCUAGACGUAGUGGCACCGGAAGGGAACACCAGCUGCUAUAGAUGCGGGAAGUAUAAAAAACAAUGCCCAAAUUCUACACAACUGGAUAAUAUCAAACCAUGCCCAAGAUUAAAGUACAAUUCCUGUGCUAGUCUCACAACAGAGUAUAAAAAAACUAGCAGUGUGUACAAGAGUUUAUUGCUUAGCUUCUCCUUAAAACAUAGUUGGAUGAGAAUUUUCAAUACAACCAUGGCGAAUAAGGAUUUAGCGUUGAUACAUGCGUUGAAAAUCAUUGCUGUUUUGUGGAUCAUUUUUGUGAACAUUGCUGUAACAGUUAAUUAUAUUGCAGAAAAUGGCGGUGAUGUAAACGACCAUAACAAUGUAUACAAUAUUUUGUCGACUGGAACUCUAGCUUAUGACACUCUUUUCUUUGUAAGUGGGGUAUUUAGCGCGCAGCAUUUCUUCUACUUGAAAAGUCGUUACUCUGUAGAAGAGUUGGUCAAUACGGGUGGCUUUUGCGGCCAAGCGUUGCAGCUUAUCUGUUUUAUUAUCAAUAGGGCUAUCCGGUUGCUUCCACCAUACAUGUACACCAUCUUCCUAACAUCAGUGUUGUCGCGAGUGUCGCGCGACACGGCGGUGCUGAUGCUGCCCGAGCGCGAUUACGACACCUGCAACAACUACUGGUGGAGGAACCUGCUCUACAUUUCUAACCUCUAUCCGCGCGAGGAACAGUGCAUGCAAAUAUCUUGGUACCUAUCAGUGGAGACUCAAAUGCACAUGUUGGGAGCCUUACUCUGCAUGUUUAUUGCGACGGGACAUCGUAAGGCCGCUGCCUUUAUAGCGGUAACGUUCGUGUUUGGAGCCACUGGAUUUGACCUUACCACUGCAUAUUCUGAUUUUAGAGAACGUGCCUCAAAUGCCUUCGUCUUUUAUUCAAUAAUAAUCAAUCGCCCAUGGGCUCGCGUAGCGCCAUACUUUGUUGGAGUUGCAUCAGGCUGGCUACUGUAUGUCCUGGAUGGCGAGUGCGCGGUCUCUAAGAUCAGUGCGUGGUGCUUCUGGUCCGCCACAGCGACCACGUUCCUGGCUUCACUGAUACUGCCGUGGGUGCAAUCUCGCUGGCUGUCUGGCUGGCUGCACCUCACGUGGCCCAUGGCUUUAUUGUGGCCCACUAUUCUGUGCUCUACUAAGUUUUCUAGUAAAACCCGCCCGCUUCUAAGCAGUCCCUGCGUAGUGGGAGUCAGCCGGCUGUGCUACACCGUGUUCCUGCUGCACGGAAUCGUAUCCCGGUACUUGAUACUAUCAGUGGAUACAGCAAUGUGUGCCCACUUCUACUGCAUCCUGUGUUAUUUCGCCGGGUGUACAUUAGUCACACUGGGAGCUGCUCUAUGUCUCUCUCUGCUAAUAGAGAUGCCCUGCUGUUGCCUUCUGAGAAGAAUUUCAGACUACACUUAUAAAUAAUAUUUGGCAUUGGUUGGUAUUAGUAAAUAUUAAAUAAUAAUACCUAACUAAUUCAUUUAUUGAAUCACGGAUCACAUCGUGAGAAUUAUUGACUGCCUCAUUCUAACCAUAAAUAUUGUAAGAUACCUAUAAAUAAAUAUUCAUAAAACUUUGUAUAUUAGUAAAUUAAC